GACAAACACUGUCAUGUGUAAAACUAUGCAUGUAAGCGAUUGGCCUGGCAGGCAGUGGGCACAGUGCCUCCUGGCAGCCGGUAAUAUGGACCGUGUAAAGCCAGUGGCUCAGGUGCGAACAAUGAGACCUGAAGCAAAGUGCUGACCGUUGGUUGGCUUGUGGCCUAGCUUUCCUUUCAGCCAAGCCAUGUAUAAAUAGAUCCCAGUUUGAGGCGAGGAUGCUGUUGAGUGGAGCCUCUUGACAGCUAUUUAUAAGUGUUCCUCAGGCCACUCUCAAACUCAGCAUAUUUGUAAGCAUGACUCAGAUUAAUCCAGCACCAGUAGGACCAUGGAAGAUCACAGUUUAUGACCAGGAGAACUUCCAGGGCAAACACAUGGACUUCACUUCUUCCUGCAAGAACAUCAUGGAGUGUGGAAUUGACAACGUACGCUCAGUGAAGGUGGAGUGUGGAGCCUGGGUAGGUUAUGAGCACUCCACUUACUGUGGGCAACAGUUCAUCCUGGAGAGAGGAGACUACCCUCGCUGGGAAGCAUGGAGUGGCAGCAAUGCCUACCAUAUUGAGAGACUGAUGUCUUUCCGCCCAAUCUGCUGUGCUAACCAUAAGGAGUCAAAGAUCCUAGUCUUUGAGCGGGAGAAUUUCAUUGGCCGCCAAUGGGAGAUGAAUGAUGACUAUCCCUCUCUGCAGGCUAUGGGCUGGCCCAAUAAUGAGAUUGGAGCCAUGCAGGUCCAAAGCGGAGCCUGGGUUUGCUACCAGUAUCCUGGCUACCGUGGCUACCAAUAUAUCUUGGAAUCUGAUCGCCAUGGAGGCGAGUAUAAACACUAUAGGGAGUGGGGAUCCCAUGCUCAAACCUUUCAGAUUCAAUCGCUUCGCCGAGUCCAGCAGUGAGGAUUGCUGUUUUCCAAGCCCUUUUGCCCCCUCCCAUGUCCACAACCUCUUAACUUAAACUUAUCUUCCCUUCCGUCUCAUAUUCAUCUUCUACCUUCUCUUUUCCUCUGCCCUUCCAUUCCUGCUGAGACCAACAUGAUAUGGCACAGGCUUGAAAUCUGGUGCUACAUGCAAAAUUGAUAAGAAUCGUUUAUAUUUUUUUUCAAUCACUAUUGCCAUUAAAAAAGAGAUGGCAGUGACAGAUCACCAGUAUGCAGAAGCUGUGAAUGAAUUGUCACAAUGUGAUCAGUGCUAAAGUAAUCAAUAAAAGCUUAAAAAUAUCAUACACUGACUAUGUUUGUACUCACUUCAAAAGGGUGAAAUGAACUGACCUGAAGAUUGCUUAAAUUAAAUAUUUG